CCCCAGCACCAUAAGUAAGCUGACUCAAGAUGACGACAGCCGCACCACUGGUCAAUAACACCCAGCUCUUGGUAAACGUGACCACAAAGUCUCAAGAACAAAGUCUCUAUCAAAGCUCUGGAGCCAUAGUUGCUGCCAUCGUAGUAGGAGUGAUUAUCAUUUUUACAGUGGUUCUGCUCAUACUGAAAACAUACAACAGACGCAUGAGAGUGAAACGGGAGCUGGAGCCCAAACCCAUCAAAGCAGCAAUGCCACCUGCAUUAGGGCAGCCCAGCCACAACCUGCCUCAGCAUCCCACAGUGACCUUCAUACCUGUGGAUAUCCACAUGCAGAACAGGUAACUGGGAACAUUCGUCCUCCCUGUGAGAGCAGAGCAGUGGAAUUCUCAUUUGUGUGGAUCUGGGACUCCUCAGCAAAGUGAAUCUGCAUUUGGAGCUGUUACUCUGUCUACAGAUGGUAAUUAAUCCCACUUCCUGUCUUUGAGAGGAGAAAUAAAGGGUCUGGAUGGUUUCUCUGUGACUGAAAUCAAGUGGUGGAGGCAUGUGAAUCACCAGCAAUGCAGCGAGCUGCCUCACAGAGCUCUGGGCAUGAGGGACCAAACAUACCGAGCCUGCCUGCAGGAGGAGAAGGUGGGCACUCAUCUUCUGUGGAGCUUUUUGUGUUUUACAAAGACUGAUGAUAAAUGGGAAGAAACCUGGGGACAUGAACCUGGGUUAGUUGAUUUAUGUGAAGUGGGUUUGCAGCCUUGGUUCUACAUGAUGGAUGGUACAGGAAGUAUCAAACCUGUAUUUAUCCUUACCUUCUGUUUUUCUAACACCACGUAUGUAUGGUUUGCAAUAAAAAAGGGACUUUCUAUUUUCAAGUAUUUUAAACCAUUUCUCUGCUGUUGGUAACGUCUUCCUUUUCAAAGGGACUCGGUGUCUUGGUGUCUCCACUCUCACACCAGGAAUUGCUUUUGGUUCACUAUCAAAUGUUUUUUUGUAUAGAAACCCUUUAACUGGAGAAGUGAACAAAGAAAGGCAGUGAAAGCACCAAGGCUUCAUCUGCACAACUCGUGUCCUGAGACGCUUCGUUCUCCAACACAGACCAGGCUUGAGCUAUUUUUAGGUAUUUUUUCUUCUAGAAAAUCACUGCCAGUGAUGUUGUUUUGCAAGGGUGAUGGCUGUGGGUGUGCAGUAAUGCAACAAAGACAUUCCCAAGGACCUUCACAGCCCACAGAGUGCCAACACACAGCAGCAUUGUCAGAUGUGGAGUGGCGAUGGUCCCAAGCAGGCCUGAAACGCUGACAGGACAGGCAGGGAGGACUGGGAGGAAGCUGAAGUGGGGCAUUUUACCUCUUUCUGGGGAGCUGUAGAGAAAGGAGUGACCAUUUUCUAACAGAAUGUAUCCCCAAGAGCUUCCAAAGUGAGGCUGACCUCAAACAGGUCAUUUUUACUAACUGGUGUUUUUGUGCAGAAACUGAAUUCGAUUACUUUGCUUUUUGUUUUUUGGUAUGAAACUGGAGCACAGUUUGAAUUCCAAACUAAAUAUUAAGACAGCUGUUUGUUGUAAAUAUU